UGGGGUUGGUGGUGAAUUUGAUGGCUGACGUGGGGAGGAGAUUUCCUCUGCUCGUGCUCGCCGUCGUCGUCUUCCUACUUGUCGUCUUCCUCCACGUGUGUUUGUCGUGGCGCCCGUGGAAACAACAUCGCAAGAGGAGGGCACCGACGAAAUGGUCGGCAGGAGAGCGUACAAUGGCGGGCAUGCAGGGACGCGCGGGUGUUGGUGCGGGUCAGGGCGGAAUACGACCUGCGACGACGGAGCCUCCACGGCGGUACGACCCAUCCAUGUACGCCCAUUUGCAGUCGUGGGAGAUGCCGCUGCCCCCGUCGGACGAGGAACCCGAGCCGAAAGAACUGCCGACAUUGCCUCUUGCCAGCGGCUCGACACAACUUUGGUCGCAGACGGCACGAGCAGGCGGUUCGGGUUGCAACGAAGGCGGCGAGUACACGUCUUUGCUGCAGCAAGGCUUGGGAGACGACGACGACGGAGGACUUGAUCUCAGGUUCAGCUUAUGUUCCGGCGGGUCCAAGGAGACGAGCCGUACGUUGAUCAUCGACACCGAUCCUUCGCCAUGUGGCGUGGGACAGGGUGGGAGUCAGCGUACGGAUCAAACCACCCUUCGUGCCCGUGCGUCCGUCGCUGCUAGUGCCGGGCCAUCUGCAGUGCUCCGACGUCAAGGUUCCACAGCACCGUCCGCCGAUCGAUCGACAAGUAACUGGCUUGCACGCAACGGAGCCGCAGCCGGGUCACCGCGCGUCGAGUGUGCACGUCCUUCGAUGCCCGAACGCACAACACCGACCCAAUCCGACGUGAGGGACGCGGGUGCAUGCAGACCACCAGUGCGUCCAGUACCCACUGUGGAGAACAUCACACGAGGUGUGUCGAACAUGCGGGCACACAGUGAUGGCGGCGACGAUGCUGACGAGCGAUUGACGGAGGACGUGGACGCAGGGGACGAAGACGAAGACAUUCCUGUUCGGCCGUUGGGGAAGACGGGUGGGAGGGGGAGAGCACGCAGCAGGGGUGCUGUUCGAGGUCGAUCUGUUGGCCGCGGCGGCAGAGGCUGUGUCAGCGACGAUGCCGGGAAGUCUGUGACGUACUGGUCUCCGGAGGAACAACUGCAACUAGUGAGAUGCAAGCGGGAGCAAGAGAUGCACCUCGCCGGGCUGGGCCACAACUACGGGCGGAUGCGGACGAAGGACUGGAAGUGGGACGACAUUGCCAAGCGCAUGGCGAGCGCGGCGAAACCGAAAGACGCGGACGACUGCAUGAAGAAGUGGGACAAUCUGUUCCAAAACUACAAGAAGAUACAACAGUUCCAGAACGCAAGCGGCCGUCCUGAUUUCUUCGGCCUUACAAAUGAGGAAAGGAAGGAGCACAAUUUCAAGUUCCGGAUGGAGAGCGCGCUUUACAACGAGAUCCAUGCUGGCAUGCUAGGCAACCAUACAAUUUUUCCUCCGAACAUCGCCGACACAGGAAAUCCUGACGGGGUGCAGCUUCCCAGGAGAGGAGGUGGUGGUGGUGAGUCGGUUGGUAGUGAGGCUGGUGGCGAAGGCUUCCCCGAGGAACGUUCUUAUGCGCGUGAGCUGUUCACGCCAGGUCGUGGGAGUCGCCGUCCUUCUGCCGUGCACGCGGACGUUGCCCGUCAAUCUUCUCGCCACGGAGCAUCGUCGUCGACGAUCUUCUCUCUCGUUACUGACGAAGAUCAGGGACAGGCGACUGCGUCUGGAGUUCGGGAGAGUGGAGGGCUACGACAAUCUGAUCACAGCGCGUCGAAAAGGCUGAUGACCCCUCCACCCGAGACAAAGCAAGUGCGCGCCCGCGACAAGUGGACUAACGACGCUCACGUCGACGAUGUUGGUGACGACGAUGAUGAGCCCUUGGAAAGACGCCUCCUGCGCAGUCACACAGCAGCCAUCCCGCCGCCGACGGCUUCGGGCCACGCUCUCGCUGGAGAAAAGGCAGUGACGGGUAGGCUGCCCGCCACCACGGCUGCGCCACGUCCUCGCAACACGACUGCUGAAGGAGGGUCCGUCCAACGAGGCGGCGGUGGGGUAGUCGCGGCGCACGCGGGCGCAGUUGGGGUUGAGGCGGCAGGUGCGGCGGGCGCGGUUGCGGGUGUUUCAGGCAGUGCGCCCCCAGUUCCGGCGGCGAGAGAGGAGGGAGCAGUUGUGGCGAUGGCGAGGGACGACGCGCGUGGAGAGAAGAGGAGUGAUCGGGAGGGCGACGAAGCUGGUUCGAGCAGGCCGCGCAGGGGAGUGUUGACAAAUGACCUCAUAGACCGUGCCGUCCUUUGGGUCGACAACAAACCUUUCUGGACGACGGGGGAGGGGCGAAGACUCUACAACAUCGUACACGAGACAAGAGAGGACUUCGUCGCCAUCGCCGGCGGACUUCCACCACCUGCGAUCCCUCGGAGCGUUGUGAUGCCCAAAUCCAGCACGCGGAUAGCCAGGAUCGCCGACCCGUCGCAGCUGCAACAAGCGACCUCCCGUGCGUCGACAGUGGAGAACAUCGCUCUCCGCGUAUUGCACGGCUGGGUUUUCAAGUCUGCGAACCGCCCAAGGGGUUACAAUCUUGCAUUCCAGUACGCCCUGGAGUCCAUGGCGACGGACAUAGCGCGAGCUAUGUGGUACGGCGAGGAGUGGUGCAACAUCGUCAGCCCGGCGGUUUGCGCACACACAAUAGAUCUCUCCAUGGACUUGCCGCUGUGGUUCGCGGGCAUGAAAGUCGAGAACAGACCGGACGACGAUGACAUGGCGGCGUACCAGGAGUCCACCAUCAUCUGCGUCGCGCAUGCGUUCCGGGCGGCGCUGCAAAUGGGGGCGGUCAUCGACGGCGAGUUCAUCUCGCACGAUCGUCUUUGCCGGGUGGUUGACUGCUUUGGACUGUUGUUGGCGGCGUGCAUGUGGAUAAUGCGCAUGUCGGGAGACGAUCCGCGCAGCCACUUCGAAGUUUUCCACUUCGCGACGCUGGUGUCGAAGCCCACACUCGUGGCGUCCAUGCAUCGGUCGUUCGACCAUCGUCGAUACAUUCGCCUCGCCGUGAAAGCCGUCACGUAAAGGCUCGGGAAGGCAAACGCCACGUUUGGAGAGCACCCCGACUACCUUCCUCAUUGGGCAGACCGCGGCAUUGUGUUCGGACACGA